AUGGACCAAAUUCCACAGACUUUUAUCGACACUAUCAAAGCACUCACUCACAAUGAUAUCAAUGUCAUCAGAGAAGCAGAGGCAAAGUUCAACACCUACAAGGCACAACCCGAUCAACUCAUUGGAUGUCUCUUGUUCAUGAUGGUCAACUCCACAGAUCCAUUGUUGAAAGAAUUCUCUGCAAUUUUGGUUCGUCCACUUCUCUCACCAGGUGACAAGAACUCACUCUGGGAAAAGAUCUCGGUAUCCACACAAGAGAGCGUCAAGGUUCAGUUGAUCGAAUUGUUGAAGGCCGACAUCUCAAAGACAUCAAGAAGCAAGGUUGUAAACAUCAUUGCCUCGCUCGAAAUACAAAAUGAAAAACCACAACUAAUUCAUCAACAUCUCCUUCCGACACCACCAACAUUCAUUAAUUGUAAAUCAGUUCAAAUUUAUGUAGAUUCAAGCAAAUCAUAUAGUUCAAAUUGUGGUAACACUCCACAAACAGCAUGUCCAGAUAUAUUGACUGGUUUGACUGUUUUUAGAAAUGGUUCAAACACCGGUGCUUCAUCUUUGAUUCUGAGUUUGGCAGCUGCUACUUACACAGGAUCAAAUAAUAGCUUCAUAAAUAUCAACAUUGGUGAAACUGUUUCCAUUGUUGGAUCAUCAACAGAUCCAAGUUCUUUUGCCACUGUUGAUCUUCAAUCAAAUAGUAAUUUUAUAUCCAUUACUGAUGCUGUGUCAACAGGAGAUUCAACUACAACUCUAAAGAUCAGUAAUUUAGAUAUUAUCAAUGGAAAGAGUUCAACUCAAAACGGUACUGUUGUCAAUGUUAAUACCAAAUCUACCUCCACAGUAAACAACAAUGCCAAUUACGGAUCUGUUUUCUACACUGAUACUCCAGGUGAUGCAAUCAUUAACAACUGCCAAUUUAUCAACAACAAAGUUGUAUUCGAUUCAAUUGUCUACUCUUUGUAUGCAACUACAAGUUUUUCCAAUCUUACAUUCACCGACAAUCAUGCCACCAAUUCAAUCAUUACACUAGAUUCCAAUAUCGGAGAUAGUACAAUUUCCAAUACCCCGAGUGUUACCUUGAUCGAUAGUUUAAAGUUAUUCAACAACACACUUAGUUCCAACUCCAAAGGUUUUCUUUCAUCUAUUAACAACUAUAUAUCAAUAGAUGAAUCUGUCUUCCAAUUUAAUACUGGUUCAACAGCAAUAUACUUUGUAUCUACAAAAGGAUCUAAUUUCCUUUUAAUAUCUGAUAGUAACUUUAUUUCCAACAGUGGUGCUAAAGAUGGUGGUGCUAUCUACCAAAGCGGAGGAACAUCAGAUAUCUCGAAUACAACAUUCAAUGAGAAUAAAAGUCAAAACAAUGGAGGUGCUUUGUUUUUAACAAACUAUGUUGCUUCCACUUUGAAGACAGUGUCACUCACUAAUAACACUGUGAUUGGCAGUGGAUCAGGUAGUUCUAUCUUUACCAACUCAGCAUCAAACACUCUAUCUUUGACCAGUGUCUCAUUUACCAGUCAAUCAAACUCAACCUCAUCCAUCUACUGUAAUUCAACAUCAAUCUAUUUAUACAGUAUUAAAUAUGAUAAUGUUGCACCAGUGAUUGCUUGUUCCACAAACAAAUCAUGUUUAGUUCACAGUGAUGGUAUUAUCGGUCAACAUUGUGAUAAUGUUGUGAACUCUAGUGAUGAACCAAACACCAGCAGCAGCAGUGACAACAGACAUAGCAGUAGCAGUGAUAAUCAUCAUCCAGACAAUGAUAAAAACGGAUUAUCAGGUGGUGCAAUAGCAGGUAUUGUCAUAGGUGUAAUAGUUGCAAUUGGUUUAAUCGGUGCUGCUGUAUUCUUUGUUCUCAAGAGAAGAAAUCGUUCACAAUAUUCAAAUACCUCCACAUCAGUAACAAGCAAUGACAAUGUCACCACAACAAACUCCACAUUUCAACACUAUAGAAUAACACAACAACAACAACGACAAUCUACAGGCAAACCGAUCUACAUAUUACCACCACACCAAUAUCAACAGCAAUUUGACAAUCAAAUCCAUGUUCAACAACAUAUCCUAAUAUGUUGUAAGAAGCAUAGGUUGUGCGGAGUUUGUAAAGAUGCUAAUUUAAUUGCAGAUGCAAUAGGAAAUCAAUUGGAAAUUAGGUCACUUGAAUGCUAUAUUUUUGUAUUUUAA